AUGCUUUCCAACCAUAUACCUGGUCAAUGCCCACAGGUGUGGGUAGUAGAUUGGUGCUUGAUCUACUUCCAAUCUCAUUCCUCGGCCGAUACUCGUGAUUUUUUUCAUUUCCUUUUGUCCAGUUUCAAAUUGAUAUCCGGGGCUUUGUGUUGGGCAUUUUUAAAGCCGAUCCCAUCCUUCUAAAUCUUCAUAAUCUCUUCAAUUUUUCCCAUGUACUUAUCCAAUUUAAUGAAAAAAAUAAUCUGUGGAUGUUAUUGAGAGAAUUUUCAGCCUUCAAAAUGAGCUCGCCGAAAAAGGACGCGGAUUGUCAGAGAUUCUUCGGCUACGGCAAGAAAAUCCCGAAAAGUUGGUUACUGACAGUAUUUCGAGUGGAUUACGGUAGCUUUUAAGAUGUAAAGCGACACUGUGGAAUUUGCCGUCAACACGGGAUUACGGUAGAGACACGAGGACACUCAUGUCCCAUGAAGGGCUGCAAUUGCACUAAGGUAAUAGAAUACCAACGAGAUUACGGUACUUAAAAAAGUACUGUAGGUCUUGAAGUUCAAAACUCUGCUCAUCUUUUGAGUUUGGAACUGGAAUAGAUGUAGAAACGGUUUCUUUUUACUGUAACUGUAGCUUUUGAGGUGUUCCCUUCCUUUGAGGCACUGUAGGUUACUGUAGCUUCAAAUUUUUGCUAAAAAAUGCAAAUUUUUGAUUACGGUAGCUUAAAACUUUGAUCAAUAAUUCUCAAAUGAGCAAUGGAACGACUUUUAUGAGGUUACUGUAGAAGUAACAGCUGCUAGAAAGUUACGGUAUCUUCUGAAUACUGUAAGGGUUUUUUUCAAAUCCUGUAGACUUAAUAUUGUAGGAUUUAGAAAAAGAAGAUUGAGAGAAAGUACUGCAGAAAAAGUUUGAUUACAGUACGUACAGCUUUCUGAAAAUACUAUCAUUUGAGGGGUUACUGUAUCUUUAAUUUUACAGUGUGACCUGAUCCGUCGCCGCAGGUCGAUCAUGUCCACGCAGAUUCGGCUUCGGCGGGAGCAGGACAAGAAAUUUCAGGUAAGAUUUGGGGUAACAUGAGCAAUACCUUGCAAGGUUUCUCGGUUGAAAUUCUUUGAAACUAGGCGGAAAAUGAUAUUUAUAGCUUCACAAACAUCGUUAGGGAUUUGAAGCUUUUCGGAAGCCUUGAGUUAUUUUUUUCUAAUAUAGAGAAACUUUGUUCAGAGGACGACAGACGCCAACGAAGCCGACGUCGUCCCGCUUCUGAGCACGUCUUCUGAAACGACCACGGUCAAACAAGACGACGCCAACGCCAACAUGUGCUAUUUCUGCCAGAAAUGCAAGAAUCACGGCGUUUUGUCGUGGAAAAAGGUCCUUGCUUGAUCCUUUCAAUUUCAAUUUCAAUUUGUUUAUUUUUCGCAACAUCGGGGUGGUAUGGUGAUGUUUUCGACAUUUUCUUUCAGUCUUUCAGCUCUAGGGAUAAUUUUAAUCUUACAAGUAAAAAAAUAAGACCCUAGCUCCUUUUCAGAAGUAUAAAAUUUAUCAGGAUAGGCUAACUUGUUUUUUUUCGGCAGCAGGGAUUGAACUUGUGACCCUUCUAACCAUAACCGAAGUGACAACCCGCUGGGCCACUGUCACUUAUUAGUUUCAUUGUUAUUAUUGCGUGGCAGUUGAAAAAGGCCUGAUUUGCCCUUUUUCUUCGGCUCGCAGUUCAAAAGAGCUCUACAAAGUUUAGAGAACUGGGGAAUUUUUUAGUGGUCACUAUAGGGUUUUGACGUUCUAGUGGUCACUACAGUAGUCAAAUUAGUGGCCACUUAAGGGGUUAACAAUUAGUAGCCACUAAAGAGGUCUAAGUGCUACUACUGGACCACUAAAAAUUUUAGUGGCCACUUUAGGGGUCAAUGGAUCAUUAUAACUGGUCCAAUCUGUUUGUUUUAAAGUUAUCAGAGUUACUGGAAGGAAUACUGGAUGAAAAACUACUGAAGUGGCCACUAAAACGGAAAAUAGUGGCCACAUUAGUGUUCUCUCCAAGUAGUCCUGCCUCCAUAGUGGCCACUGAAAAUUUUCCCAGAAGCUUCCUUUUUUUUGAAGUUUUUUUCCUUUUUCCUCCUAGUCGACUCCCUACGAGUAUAAGCCAAUCACUUCUUCUUAAAAGCGCCUGUAGUAUAAUAAAUGGACUUUCGACCAGUCUCCAUCAGAUACAACGAGCUCCGAUUUGAAGUAUGAAUCCCGGGCUGAAACGCUACAAUUCCCGAGAGUUUGCGUAGAUUAAUCUUUUGAACUUCCGUGUCUACAUAAUCUUUUGAAGUUAAUAAGAUGAGAUUUUCGUUGCAGGACCACAAGAAAGUGUGCGAGUACGCCAAUUGUCACUGUGAACAGUGCGAUUUGAUCGACUCGCGACGCGCCUUGGACCGGCACAUCAAACAGGAAAAAGCCGCCAAAAGAGGUGAUUCACAACAUCAAAAAAGAAUCCCGACUUUUCAGAGCGAUAAACACUGUUUGCACGGUUUUUUUGAACCCAAUCAGUGGAAACAAAUUCCGUUACCUUUCAACUAAUUCUUAAAAAAAUUCGUCUUCUAAUAUUUAUAAAAAAUGCUUUUUCAGCCUGAUCAAUAUUCAAUGACAAGUUUCUUCUCCUAAAAAUUCAAAGUUCCAUAGUUUAUUUAGGCUUUAGAGUGUUCAUUUCCCAUUUGCAUCCGACUAAAAACAACUUACGAUAGCGCACAUCAAAAACUGAAAAACUGAAACAAGGAUCUUUCUUGGCUCUUCUGGCAAACAAAAAGUUCAGAGAAGCUCGGAAGCACGGCCAACUCCUCGGAGGAGUCGAACUCGAACUCGUCCUGCUCCCCAGACGCUCCCUCCUCGUCGAAGAGCAACGUCCCCGACUCGCCAUUCCCCAGCCUCACCACCGCCUUUUCGCUGACCUCACUUGUCAGCUCGACCUCCCCUUCGGCCACCAGCUCUUUCCAGGUUAGAAUUGAAAAAAGGACAACGUGAUUCGAAGAACAGGGUGAAGCUUCAAGAAAAAAGAAUUUCGAAUUUUUUCGAAAAUUCAUGACAAAUUCCCAAUUUUUUAAGGGGCUUCUACUUAUCGCAACUUGUUAAACAGGUUAAUAUAUCACUGAAUAUAAAUUUGAAAGAGCCUAGAAAAUUGUUUGAGAAUGGAAAAUGGUUCCUGUGAUAAUCAGAUUCCUAUUUUUUUCGAAUGAGCUUCAUGGGCUUGAUUUCUUUCAGCUUAGAUCCUUUUUGGCUUCUUCAGUGAUUAGUUUCUGAGCCGCCUAGAAUAGAAUAGUUUAACUCAAAACUCAGAGGGAAAAAUAUUGUGAAGCUAACUAGAAAAAAAUCUAGCAAAGAUUUGAUUUGCCAGUCAAUCGAAAAUAGUUUCAUUCUGCGCAUAGACAAGCUCUAUGUGAAGGCUGAGUCAACAAGAAAUACAAUUUUUUGGUUUUUCUUAUGAUGUUGAAGAAGAAGAAGUCUUUCUCGAAGCAUCUUCAGAAAAUCCAACCGAGACCUUAAUUACAGUAACCUGGUUAUUAUUUUCCUCUUUUUUUCGAUUUUCCACAGUAUGCCUUUUCUCUCAGUUCCCAUACAACAGUAUCUUAUACUAAGGAGAAAAAAUCAUUUGUACUUUUUUCCCUGGGAAAGUACAAUAUUUUUUACGCGAUCAAAAAUAGAACUGUUUUUUCUUUGAUUUGUAGUCUCUGCUUAGCCCUUUAUUUUUAGUUGUUUCUAAGCAUAGCUCGAAGCUUUUUGGUUGAGCUUAUAAGCUUAUCAAAGUAUUUUCAAUCAUUUAGAAAGCUUGAGAAAUUUCAACACAACAUUGGAAUAAUCUUUGGAUGAGCUGGGCUUUGAGGGAUUUUGAUUUUUUCUGAAAAAUAAAAAAUGUUAAAAAUAGUUUUGAACAGUGAUUUUCCGUGUUAUGUGGUCAUUUCUUGGUUUUAAUCGAAUAAUUGAUUUUUUUUUCGGUUUUUAAAUUCGAUUUGAAAGAAAAGCAUCGAAAAACUACCUAUUUUUCUGAUAAGAUUUAAAUUUAAACUUCUUUCUUUAGAACUUCUUAGGGCUAGCUAGCUUGAAAUCGCGUCAUUUAGCUGACUGAUCCGAAAUUUAAAAAGACAAAACAAUUUUUAAUUUCAGUAAUUUAUUUCAUGUACCUGAAAUCUUUGCUUUUUUGGAAUAAGUAGCAUCAUCUGGCUUACGAAUUCGUCAUCAGACAUAGCAUUUGUUAUUAUUUUUAGUUUGGUCGGGAUAACCUUCCUCCAAAAAAUAGGAACUGAUCUCUCGCUUGUCUGGCGACAAAAUCUUGAUUUUUGGCCUCCUACAAAACCUUCUUACUUAUCAUUCUCUUCUAGGAAUUGCCAAAGAUCAGCUACUCAAAAUAUCAAAUCUCAAACAACUAUGAGACACACGAGAUAUGUAACCUCUGGAAGAUUUCCGGAAUGACGCAAAUUUUGCGUGGUUCUGAAUGAGCCGAAGCGCCUUUUUGGAGGUUUUCGAAUAAUCUUGACAUCGUAUUUCUCGGAUUGAUAUGCUAUUUUAUGAAUGAGAAAAAAAAAGUUUGAAUGAAGUCAUUCAAAGGGAGUGUAGUAUUCAGCGUAACAAAAGAGAUAGAAUAGAGGUAUUAUUUGAGAAAAAGAGCUUGAUAAUCUGACGUGAAGCCGGAAAUAAAGCAACGUUUCUCCUGGCUAGGGAACGUAUCCCCCUUCGGUGGAAUUUUUUUGAUGGAAUUUUGCUGGAUUGUACUUCAGGACCUCCUGAUUCUAGUACUACUAGAAUAGAUCUGGAGUUAGGACAGUUCAAACGCUUAAAAAUAUCGCUUUUUUUGUCAUAAUUUGCGUAUUUUGCAUGCUUUGAAGCUUCAUAAAUCGAAAAAGAGAUCUAUUGCGAGAAAUUUUUUUUUUGUUCUGAUAUCAGAAGGGCUUAAAGGGCAUUUCACGUUUUUAUCAAAAAGCUCAAGGGGGAGUGAAAAAAAGACGUUCCUUUAGUGAAGUGGGGGAAGUUUGGAAGAAAGAUGAAAAAUAUCAGAGAAAAAUUGGCUAAAUUUAUAUAAAAAGGAGUUUGAGAAAAAUUCAAAACAUAUUUUUCUAGAAAGUAAAAACAAAAUUUCUACAAUUAGAAAGCGUGGCUUUUUUUGACUUUGAUGGGAUUAAUUUUGAAGGAACAAAAUUAAUUUCGUUUUUUUAAAAGAGGAUACACUCAAUUUUCCUCAGCUAGAGCUACAUUUCAUUCAUUAAUUUCAAAAAAAGGCCAAAUUUUUUCGAAUUUUCGAGUAUAAUCCUCGAUCCUAAGUGAUUAUUCCAAAACUCAUUAUAGUGGAUCAAGUUUAUGAUUUUCCAGAAGAACAGCAUCUUCGGGAGCAACUGCCCGACGCUCGGGAUGUUCACGACGCCCGUCGGGACUCCUCUCCUGACGCCGUCGCCCAACUUCUUCCAGGCCGUCCCGAGUCUGGCCUACGGCACAUUCUGCACGACGCCUUUUCCCGCCUUCUACCCGAAUAUUCCCGCCGGCGCCGGAAUGUUCUCCGGCCUCGGACCUUUGGACAUGCAGUUGUUACUUGCCAAUAUGAAGUGCCUUUCUGAACUUGUCGCUGUCACUACAAAUAGUCAGUAAUGUGUAGUUUUAGUUAUGUAGUUUGAUCAUUACGGCUUGAAAAUGACUGACCUGUCUGCGCCCUCUGUUCUCUCACUUUCAAAUGAAACUGCUUCUUGGCUUAGAGACCAAGAGAACGCAGAUAGGUCAAAAUUCUAGAGUAUGACCUGUCUGCGCUCUCUCAUCUCUGCUUGUCAUUUUGAAAAGGAAGCGUUGAGAGAUGAAGAGCGUCCAGACAGGUUAGCUUGUUAGCAAAUCCGGUAUGUAGUUCAUUCAUGAUAGCUUUCUGAGAUUACUGAAGGUUAACCUCUUUUUUUUGAGGCUAUUUUUCAAAAACUGUGCCUUUGAAAAAUUUCUGAAAGUCGCUGUGAUUGAACUACAUAUGGAAAGUUCGUUUUUGAGUUCUUCCGUUGUUUUUUCUUUGUCGAAACAUAGUUGAUUCACCGCCAAUUUGUACUAAUAUGAAAAUUUAACAAGAUCCUAUGGAAUAAGGCGACCUUGAGGCAACUUCGCACUUAAUUAAAAGUUGGUUCAAGGAAUAAUUAGGUGGCGAAAAUGUGCAAUACUCGAUAAGAUAUGUCGAAAAAGUGCGAAAAAAGGGCGGAAUGGCGUCUUUUUUUCACAGUAUCUGGACAUAUUCUAACUCAUUCUGGCAUCAUUUAUAGUUUCAAGUUGGCGGUGGAUCACCUGUGCUCUUUUUUAGUUGCAUUUUUCCAAGUUUCAUUCAUCCCAUAGUUUUAAAAACUGCUUUGAACGUGGUACUAGGUUGAACGGAGAACUCCGUCUGUUUCAUUUUCAUCUUUUUUCUCUGCAUCGAGCCUUUUUUGCAAACAAAUGUGUUCAUUUUCCAAAUCUUAUAUGCAUUUUUUUCAUCUAAUAAGCAUUUUCGUAUCAUUUUUACAAAGCAACGACUCAGGGCUGGUUCCUUCCUUUUUUUUCGUCAAAUUAAUUUUUUCCAUGACUUUUUUUAAUCAUAUCUUUUUGCCAGCAUUUUAUUGUUCACGCCUACGGUUAAACUUGUUGUUUGUUUCGAGAAAAAAAAACUUGUCCCGGUUAUGGUUUUUCUACGUAUUAUGUGUUUUUUUCUUCCAAAUCCUUGUGCGUAAUUGGACGGGAAAUAAAUAUUUUAAUCAUAGGUAAUUGUCUAAUAAUUAUCGAAGAAAAUCAGAAAAAUCAACGAAAAACAACGAGGUGCGACAUUUUUCUGUGUUUCUCAGUUUGGCUCCGCCCAUUUUUCCGCGCUCCUCGGCCAAACUUGGCGCGUAGUUGGAAAAUUCAAAACUUUUGCUCAACUUUUUUUUUUCAUCUCUGCUCUUUUUUCGUAUUAUUUUUGUUCUUUCUUUGUUAUUUAUCUAAUAUAAGGUCCAGGUAAGCUUUCAUAAGGGAUACCCUUGUUUUGUUCAAUUUUAUCAGGUUUUUUUAAUUGGAACUCUCCGAAUAUGCGAAAAACAGAGUUUUUUAAAAUUUUUUCUUGGAUUUUUAUUUUUCUUUUGGUUUGAAAUUAGUUCAAGAUAAAUAUUUAAACCAGUUAAGUCGCUUUUUUUCAGAUUAUUCAAGCGUAUUUCUAAAGAAUUUAGAAUAUUUUUUUAUUCGCUUUACAAGUAGUUCUGCGAAAAAAACAAAAAAAAUUUUUUUGUAUUUUUUUCUUCUAAUUUUUUUCCUUAUUUUUUUGGUUAAUGACAGUUAGGUGACCAUUAUUUCAAUUUCGAAAGUCUAUUUACAGUUUUUUUAAUUCAGAAACUUUUUGAACUUGAAAGAAAUUUCUCUUUAUUUUUUUGUCAAGAAUUUUUUUCUGUUUUUCAUAUUAAUUUUUAGUUUCUAGUGGACAUUAGAAUUAGACCUUCCCCUUACAUUUUUCAUGUACAAGUGAAGUGCAAAUUCAAUUUGAACAUUUUGACUUUGUAAGUGAUUCCAAGGUUUUUGGUUUUAUUCGAUUUAAUUAUUUUAUUGAUGAUAAGAAUUAUUUUUAUUCAGUAAAUCCGCCUAUAAAUUUCGAGUUUCUUUUCGUGAAUCAAUGAAUGAAAUUUUACAAACUCCGUGUAUUUUUUUGUUCGUAUUAAAUAUUAAUAUUUAGUGUUUUUUUCAAUAAGAAAAUAAUUUCCAGAAAUGACAUCAUCAAAUGACUCAGGAGUCGCAUCAGAUUGUGGCGACGCGCCGCCGUCGGCCUCGUUUGAAAUUUUGCAAGUUUUGGGCGAAGGUUUGAAAUUUUUUUAAGGAAAAUUAUAUAUAUUUUUUUAUUUCAGGAGCUUUCGGCGAAGUCCUUCUGGUCGCAGACAAGCGAAACCCGAGUGUCGUCGUGGCGAUGAAGAAAAUGUGCCUGAAAAGGGGCGACGAGGAGUCGAAAAAAAGUUGAUUCGGAAAGAGGUUUUUUGGUUGGAAAAAAAUUAUAAUUUUUUUGUGUUUUUUUUUGAGUCAUAGGUAAGACGGACUUUCAGAGUAUCCUGGUUCCAAUUUAAAAUCUUUUUUCGCGUAAUUUUUUUCCUAACUAUGUCGUGUUCAAAGUGAUUCAGCGAAAUCAAAAAAAUGCCGUCAGAGAAUGAAAAAGAUAGCUAAAUUUUGGAGAGUCAGAGAUAAUUUUGCAUUUUCGAAUCUUGAACAAGACACUGGAAACACGCUAAAGUUCUCAUUUUCUUGACAAAAGUGGUAUCUUUUCGAACUUUAAAGUGUUAUAACUUAAAUUAAAGACAAAGUGUGUUGAAAAUUAUUUUUGAAACAGAGAAAAAAAUGUUUUUUAUUUCAAGAUCUCAAUGAAAAGGUGAAGUAAAAUAUAAUUUAGGCUCUGCUCCACAAAAUGCUGUCGAAAAAAGGACACCGGAACGUAAUAAGGUACAUUGGGAUGAAGAACGACGAGCAAACUUUGGAAUAUUACAUUUUCCUCGAAUAUGCCGACGCCGGGGAGCUUUUCGAUCAGAUCAGUUAGUUUUUGGGGUCAUUUAUAAUCAUUUUUCAAUAGGCUUUAGUCUGAACUUGGGAGUUUGGAAGUGGUUCCUAUAGGGGCUACGGAGAGAAACAAGCCCUAUAAGGGCCGAAAAAGUGGUCCUUAUAGGGUUUAGGGUCUGAUCCCUUAGCCUCUACAGCUUGAGUGGUCCCUAUAGGGGUCUUUCGGCGUUUAUUCAGUUUUUCUCAUGGAAAUUAUUCUUCACAGAGAGUUCAUAAGAUAUAUCGAUUAGCAUGUCCACUACAGGGACCACUUUUACCAGCUUUAGUGGUUCCUACAGGGAUUGAUAAAAUGGUCUUUAAAUGGGACCCUAUGAGGAACACCCUCUAGUUCUUAAAAAUAUCGAAAUUCCAGACCCGGACGCGGGAAUGACCGUCCCUCUGGCCCGCCAUUAUUUCCGACAGCUCAUCGACGGCGUCGAGUUCAUACACUCGAACGGGAUCGUUCAUCGCGACAUCAAGCCCGAAAAUCUUCUUCUCACUAACAGUGGUUGGUUAUUUUUUUCAGAACUGAACAAUAAUCCUACAUCGGCUUGAUCCCACCCCAGACUUUUGCGCGCGAAAGAACAAUUUGAAAACUUACUGAAGAAGGCCGCACUUUUUGGGGUGGUACUCGGGGGUGGGAUCCAGCCGAAGUAUGAUAAGAAUUUCUUUACUUCACUUCUGUAGGCUCUUUUUGAAUAAUAUUGUUCCAAACAAGCUUUUGAAUUGUCUAAUUUGUAUAAAAUGAAGGUAUAGCUGAAUCACGGCUAGCUUUUGGCGUGGCCUGUCUGCGCUCUUCAUCAGCCAGGCGCUGUCUCGGGCAUUUUCGUGUCAGGACCCUUUUUUGGAUGGCUCAAGGCAGCCGUAGUGCCGAAAUGAUUCUCCAUUAAAAAAACCUAGAAUAUAAUAAUAUCUGAUUUAUUUCGAAAAUAAAGACUGGAAAUAUUAGUGGCUCAUCUUUCUUUUUCCCUUUGAUUUUUCUCAGAUAAAUGGUUGGUUUUUCCGAAAAUUAUGCUCGUUUUUUUCUCAAAAAAAUGUGGUCGGUUUUUUUCUCAAAUUCGUUAUUUUGAAUAUAUUUUUCUAAACUGGGAAUUUUUUUGAAAAAUUCUUCUUAAAAUUUGAAUUUUUUUCCUAAGGGAGCUAGAAGAGACAGAAUCCUCUAUUCAAACCAAAGGUUGAAUUUUAAUGAUACCUGAUUUAUUUCGAAGUGAAGUUGAAAAAUUUUGGGAAUUUAGCGAGGAAAAUGCGCUCCAAAAAUCUUGACAGCUUUUUUUUGUUUCUCUCUGGAAAUUCAUUUUGAUGCUCCAAAAAUACUUCAUUUUUCGGCUCUUUUUGUAAUAUUUUUCUAAUUUUAGCCAAAAAUCCUGAUAAUCAGCUGUUAAGAAGAUGAGGUAAGAAAUUUGAAAAAGUCAAAGAGUUUGAGAAAAAUUAUGCGAUUAUUUCCAUUGGUUUUUUCAUAACUUGUUUUUUUGUUGAGUUUCAGCUUUGUAGCAAGUUAAAAAAAGGAUUUGAUUUAUUUUGCCAAGAAAAAAAAGCUAUAAAAAUGAAUUUUUCAGGCUUAAAAAUUUUUUAAUUGUCUUCUUUAUAAGAAAUGGAGGUAGUACAGAUAGGAUUCUUCAGUGAAAUAACGAUUUUCGCCUUAUUUUGUGAAUAAUUUUCCAGGUCUUUUGAAAAUCAGCGACUUUGGAAUGGCGACGAUUUUCCGCCACGGCGACAAGGAACGACUACUGGAAGCCAACUGUGGAACCUUGCCUUACGCGGCCCCGGAAAUCUUCAAGUGCAAUCGAUACAGGUUGGAAUCACCUGGAUUUCAGAUAAUUAUCAUUUUUCAGAGCCGAGCCGAUCGACGUCUGGUCGUGCGGGAUCGUCCUGACGGCCAUGCUCACUGGAAAUUUGCCCUGGGAACGCGCCGACGAGUUUGUUUUUUGGCUUGUUUUUGAACAGGGAGUAGAGAUUUUCGAAGAAAAGAUAAGGAAAAAAAUUAAAAAGUAGGGGUUUUCGUACUUAAUGGCCUUGGAAAAAUAUUAUAAAAAAAUUGAUUUUUUUCAAGAGUUUGGAGCCCUUUUUCAAGAAUUUUAAGCCUUUCGUUCAUUUUUUUAUUAUUUCAAAAAGUUUAUUUUUCAAUUUUCAAAUCUUUUAAAAAAAGAAAUUGAGGUCGAAGAGAAGAAAAAUAGUUCAUUUUUUGGUCAUUUUUCUAAUAAAAAUUGUGAAAAAAAGGUUAGUGAGAAAAAAAUUUAUUCAAGCUCUUUUUUUGUUAAAUAUAGAAAUUUCUUUUUAAAUGUAUCAUGGGUUUGCUAUAAAGUGCGACCGCUUUUUCGUGCUCCAUUGCAAAUUAAUAAAAUACGGGCGUUUUUUGAGUUUGCUGUUCCGCAGUUGAGGGGGUAGGCCGCACCCCGGGGUGGGAUCCAGCCGACGACUUUUUCUAUUGAUUUCUUAACAGUUUAAUGGUCCCUCUUUCGUAUUUUUAAUGUUAUCGUUUUUCAAAUCAUUUUCAAGAUUUUAUUUUGUCAUAUCUUCAAUUUUUCAACCUGAAUUCCGGUUCAAUACAGAUUCAUUGAAGUGUAGAAAAUCGUUUUUUUGAAACUUAAUAAAAAAAGCCUAAUUUUUUUCCAAGAUAUUAAAAAAACGCGUUGUGAAGAGGCAAAUAAUCUCGUCGUAGUACCUUUUUUUGAAUAGUUUUCUUUUUUCCGAAAGGAAAUAUAGGAAAAAUUACGAAAAAAUUGCGAGAAAAAUUUGAAAAAAGAUAAGAUUGAGGAACGCAUGGGUUUUCAUUACAAAUGGAGCUCAAAAAGCUGUCGCUUUUUAUGAGAGCUCGCACUAUAUAGCAUUUCGGUUUUCUGGGAAUUCGCCUUAAAAAGAAAUUUUUUUAGUAACAUCCAGUCGACUCGAGCGACUUUCCAUAGAAAAUCCGCCUUUUUUGAGUUAUAAAUUUAUUUUUUGGUUUUUUUUUCCCUUUUUUUUUGAUUCAAGAUCACAAUCAUUUCGCGUAUUUGCAGUCACUCUGAAUCGUAUCUCAACUGGGAUUCGAACGUCAUCGACGACGAGGCCGUCUGGAAGAAAGUCAGCGUCAGCGCACUGUGUAAGAAAAAAAAAAUCGAUAACUAUCACGAAUUAUUUGUAGCUCUACUGAAGAUCAUCCUCGUGACGAAAGUCGGCCAACGGGCGACCAUCUCCAGGAUCAGAAAUCAUCCCUUCUUCAGCAAUGCCAGUGGUAUUUCAGCUUUAAAAUAUUCAAAUCGAAAUCUUCCAGCUUCUUCUGGCGGCCCGGCCAAGCGAAGGAAGGUCGGCGAGGAGACUUGGUGGGUUUUUUGAAGAAAGUAAUGAUGUCUAGGUGAUAAGGAGCUUGAAAAUUCAUACGAAAUCGUCUUUUUGACAAGUUUUUUCUAUGAAAAGUCCUCUUAAACGGGAGGUCAUUUUCUGAAACUUCGCUCACUUUGAUUUAGAUGAAGAUCCCUGAUAGUGUCCAGAUAAACGUCUGAUUUGUCCAAAUUUCUAGUUUUCGAAAUAUUGAUUUUUUGAAGUUCGCGCUUACCUCAGAAAUAGGUCCCACAAGGAGGUCGUUUUACUUUGCGGCUCGGAAUUUUCUGAAAUUUUGCUGAAACACACUCUGAAGAUUCAGAUUAAGAUUCCUGAUAGUGUCCAGUUGUGCAAAAGCCUGAUUUUUUAGAUAUUGAUUUUUGAAGUUUAAGACAGAAUCAGGCCCCACAAGAAGGUCAUUCUACAUAGUGGCUCAGAAAUUUCUGAAAUUUUGCUCAAACAUUCUCUGAAGGUCUAAAAGAGGUCUCUCACAGUGGCUACCCCCUUCAGCUUCUAUUUUUCUAGAUAAUUAUUUUUUUAAGUUCGAAAAGUUAGGUUUGAAAUUCUUUUUUCGCAAGUUUGAAGAAUCAUAUCUCAAAAACUAGAAGUCUAAUCAAGAAAACCUCAUUUUCUUAUUUAUCUGAGAAAUGAAAAAAAGAUUACAGGGACGCGUGCACUCAAAUCGAAACGCUGCUCAAGGAGUGCGACCAGGAGAACUCCCACAGCCGCGUCAACCUGUCCUUCUCGCAGCCGACUCGUCCCGAAGAACUCUACUGCUCCCAGCAGAUUGUCCUGUCCCAAGGGAACACUGUAAGAGAUUCGUAUUGUGAUCUCAAUUUUCGAAAUCUUCUGUCAAGUCGUUUCUUCCGGGCUUAGGGACUCUAGAGGGGGAAAUUCUCCCCAUAGAGGAAAUGCUACUAGAUGAAUUUUAUGUACUCUAUGAGAAGAAGCAGGCGAAAAAUUGAAUGAAUAAAAGUUUUUUAAAUGAAGUUGAAAUAUCCCUAUAGGGACCACUUAAGCUUUGAGAGCUGAAGGGUCGAACCCUAACCCCCUAUAGAGACCUCUUUUUCGGCCUCCAUAAGGGCUGUUUUUCCUUUUACUAGGGAACGUUUUGCACACUUUGAAGCUCUUUAACUCGGAAACAAGAAAAAAAAACGUUCCCUGCUUAGCCCUAUUGGGACCGCUCUGAAAUUCGUUAGUACGCUGAUGAUUCCUAGAUCACUUUGUAUCCAACCUUUGAAGAACAACGGCUUUUGAUCCGCUGAAGACGUUUGAAUAAUAUAAAUGAUCAUAAUCUGAGAAGAUUCUAACAAACAAAUUGUUCUAAAGUUUAUCAUGACCGCAUUUUCCAGGAUCCGACGCAGCGUUUCGUGCGACGGAUGACGCGCUUCUGCGUGAACGUCGACUGCAACGAGGCCCUCUCCCGGAUCAACAGCGAGAGCGAAACGGCGGGUCUCGUCGCGAAAUGGAAGACCGAGAACCAGGUCUGGCCCACCGAGGCAAUGCUCGAAGACAUCGAGCAGGUCAUGCUCGAAGACAGGUUCUUUAGGGUCCCAAGGAAGCCUCGUGACUUCACGAGGAAGAGGAAAAAUAUUUGAGAGUUUCUGAUUUUAACAGUUUUUUUUUAGUUGAGUAGUCAUUAUAGUGUUUUUCAUUAAGCAACUACCUUGAGGUCACAGGGAAAUUUGAUAAAAUUCAAAAAAAGCUUUUAAAAAAAUAGUUGUUACUACAAUCGAUUCAUAUAAUCUUCUUCUUGAAUAGUUAUUAGAUUAUUCAAACCUGGCAAGUAGAACAUUUUUUUAAAAAGGUUUUUUUGAUGCUCUUUUAGAAUUUUUGGGUUUACUAGAAGAAAGUAGGUAUGACAACUAGGUUUUCAGGGCUUUUUUGUGGGAAAUUUUCCAAUAAAUGAUGGAAAUUAUUCACAGUAGUACUCAAUAGCAUUUCAGCGAAUUUAAUGGGGCUUUUUUGUAAUUUUUGAAGAAAAACGGAUUUUCAUAUGCCUUGGAAUCAAUUCUUCAGUAGAUCCAGUAUUAGUCAAAAAUAUUAUUUUAUCACUUUCUUGUAAAAUUUGACAUUUUUGGCGGAUUUUAACAGUUUUUGUACAAUUUCAUUGAAAAAGAAAAAUUUUGUGACAAAUUCAAUAAAUUGUAACUUUAAGCAUCUAUUUGUAAAAAAAUAAAAAGAGUUUAAAAAGAUAAAAUUCAAAAAUAAAUAAAUAAAUUGCCUGUCAUUAUCAGGGUUUCGUCACCUUGCCGUCUUUCUUCACUAAUCUUGCCAAAUUUAAAUAUUUCCAAUUUUUUUCUUGUAACUUUUUCAAAUUUUUUUAAUAAGUCACAUGUCAGAGUUCCCAAUCUUUAUGGUUUCAUCAAAAAUCUCUAAAAUAGAAGACACAGGGGCUUGGUAGGGAAAAAUAAUGGGGAAAUUUUUAGACUUUUUAGAUAUUCAGUGUUCGAAAAAAACCCAAAAAAAGGAGAGAGGUUAAGGUGGAAAACUAUGGUACAAACUUGUUUUUCAAUAGUUUAUUCCUGCUGUAGCGACAAUAAUUGCAAUAACAAAUCAAUUUCGGCUCAAAAGACGAAGAAAAGGGAAUUUAUUGAUUUUUCCGGUUUCCUAUCAGGAAUAAAAGCUUUGUUGUAAUUUCGAAAAAUAGUUCGUCGUCGUGAUCCUAUAAGAAGUUUAAAAAAAAAUCAUUCGAGGCCAAAAAUUUAGUUUUGUCGCUUCAAAGAUUGAUCUUCCUUUUUUUGAAAAAAAAAACUGCACGAAAAAUCGGAAAAAAAGGAAAUUUAGACGCUUUUAUCCCACGUUAGUAUUCAAUUUUUCUUUCGGUAAUUUAAAUUUUUCUAGAUUAUAUUGUGGGUCGCUCGAACACUGUUUCAACGUUUAGAAUGAGUAUAUCCACCGUAUACUAACAUUUUUGCGCUUUCUUUUCGAGACCAUUUGAAAAACGCAAAAACUUAAAAGCUUCGAUCUCAAGCGUGCAUACAGUAUACUUUCAAUAUUCGUGUAUAAUUGCUAUAUUUGUGGGCUUGGGGCGAUUGUAGUUGAGAAAAUAAGUCAGUGAGGAAAUAUCGUGGAAACGUAAGAGAUUUAGACAUUUUGGCCCAAGAUGGUGGUGAAUGGACUUUUGAGUCAUUUUCUGAUUUAUUUGGAGAAAAAUGAUGAGAUUAGCGUACUUGGGGGGUUGCAAAUAAGGAAAAAAGUCAGUGAGCAAAAUAUUCUGGAAAAGUAGGAGAUUUAGACGUUUUAGGCCGAAGAUGGUGGUGAAUGGACUUUUGAGUUUUCAAAGAAAAAUGACUAGAUUAGCGUACUUGGGGCGAUUGCAGUUGAUUGUGACGCAACGCGACAUGAGUUUCGUUGUAACUGGCUAUGAGAUGCUCUACAACGGCGUCAAGAAGGUCAUGCUCGACUUCCGGAGGUCUCUCGGACUUGUUGGGGCCCAUAAUUGAAUUUGAACAGGAUACAGGUCUCGUGGCGACGGUCUGCAGUUCAAACGGACUUUUUUGCUUUUGCGCGACUCGGUGCAGGACAUCAUCUGCACGGAGGGAAACGACUGGCUUGCCGAGUAUGGGUUGACCCCGACACAGGUGAGAAAUUUUUAAGGGGGAAUCGGUGAAAAGAAUGGAAAAUUAGUUGAGAAAAGCGUCAAAAAGGAUAAAAUUCCUUAAAAACGAUUCCUUAUUUUUGACAAAGAGUUAUUGAAUUUUUGAACGUUCUUUAUGGAAAAUCGGAUGAUUUUGAGGGAAAAAGAGGUCACGAAAACAUUAAAAAAAUAUGAAAAAAAACCGUAAAAAAAUUUUUUUACUUGAACCCAAGUAGGAAAUUUUUCAUUUUUCGAAGGUUUACAAUAGAAUUGGAAAAAGGUGAGUAAGAAAUUAAUCAAAAAAAGAGGAAAAUAGCGGUAAAAACAAUUAUUUCACGAUUUAUUCAAUUUUUUUGAACGUUUUUUUAAUAGAGAAUUGGAUGAUUUUUAGGGAAAAAAAGUAGGUUAAGAAAGCGUCAAAAUCAGGAAAAAGUAGCCGAAAAACUUAUAUUUAAACUGAGACUGAUGCAAGCAAGACAUUUUUCAAAUUUUGACCGAUUAAAAUGAAAUUGCAUAAAAUAAAAACGCGUAAGAAAGUUAUCCAAAAGAUUAAAAUUGGUCUUAAAACGAUCUUUGUCACCGAAUUAUCCAAUUUUUGAACGUUUUCAAUAGAAAAUUGGAUGAAGUUUAGGUAGGAUACACUAAGAAAAUCAAAAAAAAAAAUGAGUUAGAAUUAUUUUUCAUAUAGGUUUUUUAUUCAUUUGGACGAAGUUCCCCGGCUGGAAUUUAAUUUUUGGUUAGUUCUAAGCAACUUCAAGUAUUCUUUCACUGAAAAAAUCCCAAAGUGUUUCUCUGACCCCCUUCGGUGAGAGAUAAGAGAGCGCAGACAAGUCAGAGAGAAUGAUUUAAAUUCUAUUAUAAAUCAAAAAAAUAUCCUAACUUUCAGCAACCAGAAGCUGCACUCGAAUGA